GUGCGAUGAAUACAGAUCACUGGCAAGCAUAAUGUCUCUACCAGACCCGGACAUCGUUAUGUCCCUAUCUCCUCGGAUGAUCGAUAUGCUUGCUUGUGUGAAGAAGAAGAUAUCAGCUUCACCAGUGGCGGAGAGAAGGGUCCUGAAGGACCAUCUCGACGAAUGUAAACAUCAUUUCCAAGUGUGUAUUGAGCUGUUCAACAGUCUCGAAAGCAGCUUUUCUUUCAAUAUGGGGAAUGUAUUAAGUGAUUUGAGAAGACGCUUUGUCGAGUUCGGCAUGUGUCAUCAGGAGAUGAUGUCAGAUACGUCUUGGUAUCAAGAUGUUGAUUCUGAUGCUGAAGCACAAACUGGAACUGUGCCCGAUGUUGAGGAUUGUGAGGCAAACGAGACAAGCAUUGUAGAGCAGCCAUCAUCUAGUGAGGACACUGUAUUUCUACCACGGCCACCUCUUGAAUCUACCGAGCCUGUUUAUCGAAGAAGUACAACAACUUCCCUUUUAAAUACCGCAACGUCAAUCAUUAACCAAGGAAUUGAGAGAAGGCAAAACAAAGCCCUCGUUGUGGAGGAGAGAUUAUUGUCUUUACAUAUGUUACAACAAGCUGUUCAAAUAUAUUGUCUCUUGAAGCUUCAUGUCCAUGUUUCUAUUGAACAAAGGCCCAAUAAUAGGCGUGUGGUUCGGUGUUCAUUUUGCCAGACUAAGAUCCUAGACUAUGACAUACAAUGCACUGUUAGUUGUGUCAACCAGAGACAUUGUUGUGAGGUUCCAAAGUUGACGAAAAGGGCACUGGCUCGAAGUACUGCUGAAACACAACAGCUUAGGGGUCCUGAACUUGAAAGAGCUGUUGAUCUGCUGAGACGUGGUGGGUAUUUUGAUACAAACGAAAAUGGAAUUGAGAUUGAUAGCCUCGGUUAUCUCAAAGACUAUCUGCUCUUUUCAAAGAUGAGAUCUCACUCGACCUCUAAGGUUGGUAAAGCAAUGGUUGAUUGGCUUUAUGAUCCAGAUGAACUGAACAAUGGAGUAAUUCUGCCUCAUGAAGAGGUUUCAUAUCAGAAAAAACUCUCCGCAAUAGCUGCUGAUCUCACCUUGAGAAGCAUUUACACCAACUCACAGGAGACGAUAGAAGAUACAUGCCAGGUUAAAUUUGAAUCUAAAGAAAAGGAGCCAAAAGAUCUAUUAUUUGACUCUGUUCAACGAGCCUCCUCGGGAACGUCGUUCUCUAAAUUCACAGAUAAAACGGCAAAUGGAGAUUACACGAUACAGAUGUUAUUGGCUGCACUCUCAACUUCACACAUAGAUGAUAGAAAGAGCAAUAGCCUGGCAGCUGAUGUACAAGACAAUCAAGAAGGUCAAGACCUUCUAGAGGGUUUGAAGCACUUUGAGAUAGCAUUACUUCUACAGGAUAACAGGUAUAUCGACAACAUCCUAAGCAAGGAGAAUGCAACUGAGCUGUCCAGAAUAAUUUCCGAUUGGGCAGGUGAUGGACAACAGCAAGAAGUAGAGAGUGACUCUGCUCCAACAACAGAUGCAGAUGGCCCAGCUGUCAGCGAUACAACUCUUGAAUGGAAAGAGGCACAGGAUGAGUUUUUACAACAAUUGGAAGAUGUCAUAAGUGAUCAGUCUGAAGAUAAUUCUGCAGCCGAUUCUCAGGGUGAAAAGUUAGUGCUGAAAAAUCUGACAAUUCUCUCUAAUAAGAAGAGGACUACACAAGCGGGUGAUAAGAAGCUAAAGUUUAACACUGACAAGGCAAAAAAGCUGUUGAAAGCUGCUGUAAAAUCGUCAAAGCUGACUUCCCCCGUGCUCAAUUUAAUAUCACAUCCACAAGAUGAAAUCAAGUGCAUCUAUUUCUCCAACUCCAUUGAUGACCAAUUCUACGAAAGCCUAGUACCAACACUCUCAUUAGAUGCUUGCCAUUUGUCUUUAUACAAUAAUGAGGGAUACAAGGAGGAUUUUAUUACAUUAUACACUAUUGUCGGCCAGGCUGGGUCCAAGGGACUGGUUCCCCUGGGUAUGAUGCUUUCAAAGAACGCGGAGUGUGGAUUAGAAUGGUUUACCUUCCUAUACACAUUCUUCAAGAAGAAUGGUGGAUCGCAUUGGAAAAAGCUACGAGAAUCCCUGCAAUUGCAUGAUGAUAGUAUCACUGAGGAGAGCACUCCCCGAUUACAAAUCAUAUCGGAUCAAGAUAAGGGUAUCAAGAGGGCCUUGGAUAUGUUGAGAACCCGGUGUGGUGUUCCGAUUGAGAACUUCGCAUGCUCUAAACACGUCGAGAGAGAUCUCUCCAAGUACACAAUCGCAAAGCAUAGAAGGGCUAUGCAACAUAACUUUUUCCGGUUGAUAUUUGAAUCUGAUCCAGAAAAGGUCUCACCAAUCCAAGAAGCAAUGAAGGGGGUUUUCUUUGAGAGGCAUAAGAAAGAGACUGUCAACAGUACUUAUAAUCUCAUUACCAACACACAAGACUGUGCUAGAGGUCUUCAACUGUACAAUUCGGUGACUCCAAGGUUUGAUAUCAUGACAUCCAAUCAUUGUGAGAUUUUGAAUGCAGAGAUGUACGCAUUUAGGCGAUUGAACCCCACAAAUCUCAUUAUCGAAGUGCUGCUGAUGCAGUGUGACAAGGUAAAAAUCGCAGAGUCCAUGACCUUUGAUUGGCAUAAAGUGAGACAGGUGACUGGAAAUGAUGAAGAGAUGAAUGACGCGAGCGAUUUUGAUGACACGAGCGACUUAGAUGACACGAGCGACUUAGAUGACACGAGCGACUUAGAUGACACAAGCGACUUAGAUGACACAAGCGACUCUGUUGAUGAAGAGGAAGAACCAGAAUAUGUCGAGGUGCUCACAAACUAUGGCUUAUUGUUGUACUCAACAAAUAUCAUUACUUCGUCUUGUCUAAAUAUCAAAGAGACCAGUGUAACCGUUGAUGAGAGUUUACCUGGAACAGAUAUGGAGACUCACAAACACAGUGUAUCGUGGGACUGUGAUUUGUCUCUUGAUGAGCUUCUAAAGGUGUUGAGAGUUUAUACAAAGAAGAUGGGAAGAUGUGAUUCGUUUAUCAACUUUCGUGCUUAUGUUUAUUAUCAAUUGCGAACCAGAACAGCCGUUGUUACUGAGAAGCGAUGCUCCAUCUCAAAGGAGGGUACAAUGGAAGUAAAGGCUACGUACAACUGUUCCCAUUGUCACAAGCAAGCGUAUACAUUCUUCGAAUGUCCUCAUAUUACUUGUGUGAAGAUGAGAAGGGCACACAACGGCCAAGGCCUUAUCCCAUCCUUGUCGAUAUUUGCCAAAGAGGUUCUCUAUCAAGAUAGUACAAAGACGAAUUCCAGUUACUGCCCACCAGUAUUCAGAUACCAGAGCUGUUUGUCAAAGGCCAAUAGAUGUAUCAUACGCAAGACGACGUCUCAAAGUUCCAGGUCAGCGGUGAAGACAUUCAACAAAGCGGUUCUCCUGAAGACGGUUCAAGUGUUAAAAGAGCAUCACGACACUAUGCAGCGCAUCAAAAAGAAGACUAAGAAGAACCAGAGGGUCGCGGGUGCUUCCAAUAGAAAUCCUUCCAAGGUUGAGAAGAAGAGAGGACGAGGACGACCAAGAAAGUCAGAACAGAAGAGAGGACGAGGACGACCAAGAAAGUCAGAAUAGAAGAGGAAUCAGAAGACUGAAAAUCUUAUGGAAGAAGCUGGAGCAGAUCCAAUGAACUGGCAACCAACAUAAGGUGGCUUUCAUGCAGACUCCUCACAGAGUACUAUAAUGAUCAAUGUAUUCUUGAUAGUUCCUCAGUUGUAUAACC